CGAGAGCCAGAAAGGAGCACCGAGAGCCAAAACGGACACCGAGAGCCAGAAAAGAACACCGAGAACCAGAAAGAACACCGAAAGCCACCUCUGUUCCCUCCCCGCAUUCCCUGCGGUUGCUCAAGGGUGAAGAUGAAUGCUGAAGAGAUUCUGGUGCAUGCAGUAGAACUUGGAGAAAAUUUCUGCCUCUAUUUUGACGACGACGAUGAGCUGGAGUGUGAUGCCCUGUGCAAGGAGAAGAUCCUGCACCGAGUGCUGAGGAAUGUGAACAGCCAGCUGCUCGUGGUGCGCCCCGACCUGAACGUGGCAGCCUUUGAGGAUGUGACAGACCAGGAGAUGCAAUCUGGCAAAGGGAUGCAUUUCAGCAUUCACUGCUACAAAACCACCACACCCUUAGAAGGGUUGCCCGUGGCUUUCAGCCUCCAAGUGGAAAACAAAAGUUAUUACAUGUGUUGUGAGAAGGAAUGUGGAAAAAUGAUCAUUAGAUUCAAGGAAGGAGAAGUUCCCAAAGAAAUUCCUGGUGAAAGCAACAUCAUCUUUUUCAAAAAGACAUUUACAUCUUGCUGCUCCAAAGCAUUUAAGUUUGAAUACUCAAUGGAACAAGGGAUGUUCUUGGCCUUUGAGGAAGAAGGCUGCUUGAGAAAAUUAAUCCUAAAGAAAGUGCCAAAAGAUGAAGUGGAUGAAACCAUGAAGAUGGAGGUUAUCUCAGAUCAGCGAGAAUGAAAAGCACAACCUAUGAUGGAACACUUCAACAGUUUAAAAAUACAGGGUUUUUUUUAAUAAAAGAAACUUUCGUCUUUCUUUAUUCAAAACAAGUCAGUUUUAUCCUUUAACUACUGUCAGUACUUAUUUAAAAAAUAAAUGCAAGUUCUUGGCAAAAAAGCCAAGAAUGUUUUGCAGUCAGAUAAAAGAGAAUUACACACUGAAGAAACGAGAAUGUGCAUGUCUGUGUAGUCCUGGAGAAUCUGAUCCCCAAAAUCUUUAAUGCCUUUUGACCAAACAGCUUUUGAAUUAGGUCUGGACUUUUAUAUUCCCAAAAUUCUCAGCUAAUGGAUUUCUCACCCAAGUAGCUUAAAUAUCACAUCAGCUGC